AUGCUAGAGACAUCGCGCAGCUCCACUCCGGCUCAAGGCGGUCGCUCCGCCUCUGCACGAGGCACGCCAGAAGCGAGUGGCCGCAGCUCCAGCGGCCUUCACACCAGAGAGUCUUCGGGCAGAGAUAGAAGUGCGAGCAGGAGCAGGGACAGCAGCGCGAACAAUGCUGCUGCCCAUACACCCGGUUCCAGCAUGGCAAACUUCAACAUUGACUCGUUCGACUUUGGCGCAGACUUUUCCCUUCCCUCCGGACUGGAUGAUCUCAACAUCUAUCACCAUGGUGCGGCUGCUGGCAGCGUCACCCACUCUGCACCCGGAAGUAUCACUGGCGCUCCCAGUCCCGCAGCUGGCAGCAGCAGUGGUAAAGGAGGUGCAGCUGGCGGUGGUGGAAGCGGCAGCAGGCAUGGAAGUCCGAGAUCAGCUCACGUCAGUGCGGCCAACUUGGCUGGAGGUACGGGUUCUACCGCAGCUGGUUCGCCUCUCGCCAAUCUCCUUCUCAGCAUGAACGGGACGGAGGGCAACAGUGCUGCGCAGUUGCUCGGCUUGAAUUCCAAUCACCUCUCCCACCUCGAUGCCCGCUCUCAAAGCCAACAUCCGCAGGAUCGUCAACUAAGCAUAAGCGAUCUUCAGCGCAUACUGGCCGAGAAGGAGCACGCUGAGCGGCUGCAGAAUCUGCAGACCGCCGUGCUAAGACAGCAGUUGGAAGCCUUGCAACGUCAGACUGAAGGUCGUGGUGGAGACAAUUCGCAGCAAAGGGGCAACCAGCCGCAGCAGCAGCAAAAUGGUGGACUUUCGGUCAAUACAAAUGCCUUCGCCUUGCAGCAGCUGCAGCAACAGCAACAGCAGCACCUCCUGGCCAUGGCAACUCAAGCUUCCCAAGGUAUCACGCCCACACAGUCGAAUGCUCAGAGCCCCUUCGUCUCACCCUUUAGCUCGACUUCGCCUCACUCGCAGAUCGGCAAUCCCUUCAUGACAGGACAGCCACUGGCUCAAAAUGGCGGCGGCAUGAGCUCGUCUGGUGCAGCUACGAGCUCGGCAAUGGCGCAGUAUGGCCUGCUGACGCCCAUGAAUUCGGGUGCUUUCAAUUCGUCGUCGCAAGCACACAUGCCCUUUGUGAGUAAGGUCGAGUCGGUUUCUUCCCAUCGCUUCUCCGCUGAUGCAAGCCUUGCGCAUGACUCGCAGACCAAUGGAAGCUUCACACCUCUGGAAUCGCCAGCGAUCACCCCAGCAAGCGUCUUCUCCAACGCUUCUACAGCCACCACCACUGCAGACUUUUUCUCUCCCCUCACAUCACCUGCGCUGAGGCCGCAAAUCCCCACGAGUGAUUUGAUGCUUCCACCCUCGGCAUCGAGUGCAGCAGCGAGGCUGCAUGCAGCUAGCACUUCGCCCGCGUUUGGGCCUCAGCGAACAGGUGCACCUCCUAGUGCGAGCCCAUUGGCGCUCAUGGGCCACUCCAAGCCGCUGCCCAGAAAGAACAGGAGCACGACGGCUGAAGCCCGCGCGAACAAGAUGCGUCCCAGUCCACUAGUCAAGCCCACUGCACCCGCGCGGAGCGGUCGGUCGAGGGGCGAUUCUGCUGCAUCCUCGGGACUCACUAGUCCUGCGACUGCUACUCCUGGCGAAGGUCAUUCUCGAUCUGGCUCGGGCAGUCAGAACCGCUCGACGAUCAGCAGCAGUGCAGCAUCGAGCAAUAGCGCUCCUGCCCCUUCCUCCACCAACUCGUCCGCUUUGCCCUCCUUCACUCCCGUCAUGGCCGGAUCUGGCAAGUCGCUGGAUGCUAGCCCGAGCGAAGGCGCUGCUAGCACGCCAAGUCCGAUCGAUCUGAGUGCGAGCAGCAUGCCGCCCCCUCCUGCGCCUUCCAACAGCAAGCCCUUGACGCCAGGCAGCAUCAUGGGCAUCGCUCCAAAGAGCGGCACCGGAAAUGGCAAUGGCCUCGGCGGUGCGAGCUCGAGCUCCAGUUCAAAGGCAAAGCAAAAGGCUGCAGUGUCAGACGCCAAAGCCGUCACUUUUGCGGAGGGAGCAGAUUCCAACGAUGGUAGUCCCGGGACGGGCAGCAACGGCAAUGCUACCCAGCCCAACAACGGCGGUGUUGGUGGCGCUUUGAGCGCGUUGAGAAACAUUGCGCCAGGACAUUUGUCUGCUGCCGAGAAGGAGGAAUGGACGGUGCACAAGGCCGCGGGUGGAGGAGCGCUGGAUUCUCGAAGGACGUCUCACAAGGCAGCCGAGCAGAAGAGGAGAGACUCGUUGAAAUACUGCUUUGAUGAGCUCAGAGGAAUGUUGCCCGCCAUUACGCUGGACGAUGAUGCGCCUGGCGGAUCCUACCUGGGCUCGGAUGGCAGGGCGGAGGACAUUGAGGUUGAAAGGUUCGAUCCUGCAGAGCUGUGCGAUGGAGAGGCGUCCAGACUGGCCAAUCGAGCCAUUAGCAAGGUGGCUCUGCUGCGCCACUCGAACGAGUAUCUGGUUCGCAUCGCUUCCAGAUUGGUGCGAAGGGACAAGGCGCUAUUGGACGCUCGUGCAGAGAUAGUUCAGCUUCGAUCCGCACUGGGUCUGCCUCCUAGUCCCUCUUGCCAAUUCAUCUCCCCUCCACCGAUAGGCUAUUUGGGAGGUAUGGGCCAUCAACUUCAUGCGCAGUACGGAUUGGAAAUGGUGCCCGGUGCGCAUCAGCUUCACUUGCAUCAACAUCCACAUCAGCACCCAUCGCAGCAGUCGACUGCUGCACAGCAGGAUGGUCAACAGUCGCACGCAAUGGACCUGGACAUGGACAUUUCCGCCGCUUGA